AUGGGUGUUCUCUGCUUAAUACGCGUCUCUGGAGCCUGCCUUGCGGCCACUGGCCCUCAGGUGCAGACCAUUGUGAACGAAUACAAGGCAGCCACCCUGGCCAUCGCUCGCAGUGCCCAGCAGAUCAGCGAGGCACUGCUGGUGCGGAUCACCGGCAAGCGGGUCUACAAUGACUUGGAGUUUGAGGAGGACCAGAAGGAGCACCGUGCCUGGGUGCAGCAGAAGCUGAUGGAUAUCCACGAGGAGGUCACCAGCAUCAUGCGGCAAACCUAUGAAGUCUUCAAACACGAUAGCGCCGAGGUGCAGCAGUACUGGAUGGCCUACACCAUCAAGAUGAACAGAAUGAUGGAAGAGGCCUUCAGGCUCAAUGUCAAAUGGUCCCUACUGGAACUUUCCAAGGCCAUCAAUGGAGAUGGCAAGACUACACCUAACCCCCUGUUCAGGGUCAAGGUAAUCCUACAGAACAACUACCCAGCGCCAUCUGCACAGGUGGAGUUUCCCCAACUCUGGCCCAGCUCGCGAAUAUGGUCAAUGACAUCAGCAGCCACCUCAUCACCAGCAUCUCUGUCUUCUGCCACCUGCCGGAGAUCCUGACCAAAGGCAGAUUCCUCCACGAUCCCAUCUCGGUUCUCGUGGGGGACUGGUGAGGCUUUGCAAAACCAGCAUGGAAGAGAAGCAAGGGGAUUGACUAGGACUGGCUGUUUGGGCAUCGAAACAGCUGAUCACCAUUCUGUUUGUCCUCCCUCCACACUCAGAGCG